AAUUGUUGUGAUAAACUUAUUAAAUAGACCAGAAUGGACAACGAUGAAGAGGGUUUCAUCAAUUUCAAAGUUACUUCGGACGAUCUAGAGUUCGAAUUAGAUCCCCGAAGUUCGCGUAGGCAAACAAAGGAUGAGGCUAUCUAUGGUAUCUGGGCUCGUGACGAAGAAAAAAGACAGAAAUACUCAAAAUCAGCUUUCAGUUCUGGCAUCAAUUUUGUCAGUGGAGGUGUCUCGGAACCCAAGGACAUUGAGGCAGGUAAUUCAGAUGAAGCCGCCGAUGACAAUAAGGAUGAUGUGAUUACUGAUUCUGAAAAUGACGAGGACGAUUUUCGACCAGCUUCGUCUUCGCUCAGACCGGAAAGCAAUGCAAAAGAUGACCAGCAGAGGCGAGCAUUUGGUGCAGUUACAUCUCAAACUGCGUAUAGAGCCUCAAGAGAGUUUGGUAACUGGCAAAAAUACACAAAAGGAAUCGGGUACAAGCUGCUAGACAAGAUGGGGUACAUACCCGGAAAAGGUUUAGGUAGAAGCAAUCAAGGUAUUGUCAAUCCAGUGGCUGCCAAAAAGCGAAAGGGGAAAGCAGGAGUAGGAGCGAAUGGACCCGAGAGAGAAAACGAGGAGGAAGAUUUUGUAACCGACGCUGGUGGCCGACAACAACCGAACCAGAUGGCAGCGUCUGCCAAUCAAAAACGGCAAUGGAGGAAAACCAAAGCGGGUGAAAAGAAGGCAAACUACAAGUUUGUAACUGUUGACGAUUUGAGGCGGAAAGCAUUGACGACAAAGACAGCUGAUUUCAGUGCUCUAGGAAAUGUAAAAGUCAUUGACCGAACGGGACCUGAAACCAAAUAUCUGCAUGGAUAUGAUGAACUGGCACGUCAAUACAAGCGGCCUGCAAGUGACGAUGAGCUAUCAGAUGGAGAGAUUGAGAGUGCGAGAUCGGGAUUUGGAGCUCAAGCCAGGAUGCCGACUCCAUUUGGUGUGAAGUCUGCCUUCCAUAUGCCUGAGCUGAUGCACAAUAUCAACAAAAUAGUUGAAUCAGUGGAACAGCAGAUAAUUAAAGCGGACCAAACAGCGCUUCGAAGCGAAGAUAAAAUAGCACAUUUGAGAUACGAAGAAGAUCGUCUGUCGACACAAUUUAACGAAGAAGCAGACGAAAUAAGUCGUCUUUCGGAAGUGAUUGAACGACUCAAAACUCUUGAGAGUCAGUCGCGAUUCGGAGGCGAAGAUGGAAAUCUGUCAUUCAAAGACUUGACUGACAAAUUCGUGGGCGUGAAGCAACAGUUCCCCACAGAGUUUGUGUUGUACGAGUUGCAUAAUUUUACAAUUGCUCUUGUUUUUCCGAAAGCAAAAGUGGAGAUUAACAACUGGGACAUGUCUGCAGAAUCGCCAUCAGACUGUGUGGGUCCAGUGAAAGAGUUUGAAGCCUGGAAAGAUAUUUUGAAGGACAACAAGAACUCGCAGAAUAUAUAUGCUCAUAUGAUUUGGGAUAUAUGGAUGCCAAAAGUCAGAAGAUAUAUUCUAUCAAACUCAAUUCGUUCAAGUGAGCGUCUCAUAGAAAUUCUUGAAGCAUGGUCACCAUUGUUGCCCAAAAACAUAUUCAUCAACAUCGUGGAACAGUUUCUCAUUCCGAGGCUUCAAGAAGCCCUGGAUUCAUGGAACCCAGUUUCGGAUACAGUUCCAGUUCACUCCUGGAUCCACCCCUGGUUGCCGCUUUUGGGCGACAGAUUGCAACCUUUGUUUGUGACUAUCAGAACUAAGUUGGCCCAAUGUCUCGUUAACUGGGAUCCGACGGACAGAAGCGCGAAGAUGAUCAUCGAACCUUGGAGGGAUGUGUUUUCGAAGGGAGAGAUGGAAGCAUUCCUGAUUAAAGCGAUUUGCCCUAAGUUGAAGAUGGCUCUUCACCUAAUGCCACUGGACAAUACUAGUUCUGGAAUCGAACUGCUUCGAUCUGUGUUGAUCUGGCACGACCUCCUCUCUCUGCACCAGUUGAGUCAGAUAUUAGUGGCUCACUUCUUCCCCAAAUGGAUCCAGUGUCUCUGCGUCUGGCUGUCUAACCAGCCCAACUUCGAUGAGGUGGAGAAAUGGUACAGAGCAUGGCGGAAUGAGUUCCCUAUUCAACUUCUAGCUCUCAACGAAACCAAAGGUCACUUUCAUUCAAUUUGUGACCAUAAAAGCACACUAUUAACAGGCUCAAAUGACAAGUUUCUUCUUCUUUGGACAGUUUCAAAGAAAUUAAGAUCCAAAGCGCUUCGAAGCGAAGAUAAAAUAGCACAUUUGAGAUACGAAGAAGAUCGUCUGUCGACACAAUUUAACGAAGAAGAAGACGAAAUAAGUCGUCUUUCGGAAGUGAUUGAACGACUCAAAACUCUUGAGAGUCAGUCGCGAUUCGGAGGCGAAGAUGGAAAUCUGUCAUUCAAAGACUUGACUGACAAAUUCGUGGGCGUGAAGCAACAGUUCCCCACAGAGUUUGUGUUGUACGAGUUGCAUAAUUUUACAAUUGCUCUUGUUUUUCCGAAAGCAAAAGUGGAGAUUAACAACUGGGACAUGUCUGCAGAAUCGCCAUCAGACUGUGUGGGUCCAGUGAAAGAGUUUGAAGCCUGGAAAGAUAUUUUGAAGGACAACAAGAACUCGCAGAAUAUAUAUGCUCAUAUGAUUUGGGAUAUAUGGAUGCCAAAAGUCAGAAGAUAUAUUCUAUCAAACUCAAUUCGUUCAAGUGAGCGUCUCAUAGAAAUUCUUGAAGCAUGGUCACCAUUGUUGCCCAAAAACAUAUUCAUCAACAUCGUGGAACAGUUUCUCAUUCCGAGGCUUCAAGAAGCCCUGGAUUCAUGGAACCCAGUUUCGGAUACAGUUCCAGUUCACUCCUGGAUCCACCCCUGGUUGCCGCUUUUGGGCGACAGAUUGCAACCUUUGUUUGUGACUAUCAGAACUAAGUUGGCCCAAUGUCUCGUUAACUGGGAUCCGACGGACAGAAGCGCGAAGAUGAUCAUCGAACCUUGGAGGGAUGUGUUUUCGAAGGGAGAGAUGGAAGCAUUCCUGAUUAAAGCGAUUUGCCCUAAGUUGAAGAUGGCUCUUCACCUAAUGCCACUGGACAAUACUAGUUCUGGAAUCGAACUGCUUCGAUCUGUGUUGAUCUGGCACGACCUCCUCUCUCUGCACCAGUUGAGUCAGAUAUUAGUGGCUCACUUCUUCCCCAAAUGGAUCCAGUGUCUCUGUGUCUGGCUGUCUAACCAGCCCAACUUCGAUGAGGUGGAGAAAUGGUACAGAGCAUGGCGGAAUGAGUUCCCUAUUCAACUUCUAGCUCUCAACGAAACCAAAGCCUCUUUCAAGCAAGCAAUGGACAUGAUGACCAGGUCUGUCUCUGGAUCAUCUGUGAUGGGCUACGAGUAUGUCACCCCCAUUCCACAACAUCCAGGACCGCCCACUCACAAUAUGGGGGGCAUGCCUCAGCAUCAGUACCACCCAUACAACAACAGCGCCCAUCACCCGAUCUAUAACUACAAUAUGCCAGCUACUGCUGCUGACGGAUACGUGCCGCACAGCAUCUUGCGACUGCAACAGCAAUCAGGUGUCGACUCCUCGUCUGCAUCUAUGAUGCAAUUGGACACUUUCCGAGACCUAGUGGAACGAAGAUGCUCGGAACUGAACCUUCUGUUCGCACCUGUUCCAGGAGUAUUUCACGAUUCGCGCCAGGUGUACACUUUGGGAACUGUCAAAGUGUGCAUUGACAAGGGAGUCCUGUUUGUGAAUAAAGGGGGAGGGGGUACUAAAUGGCAGCCUAUGGCACUACCCGCUGUGCUGAGUUACGCGAAAGAUAGAUAAAUAAAAACUGGAAACUCUUAUUUGUUUGUUGCUGGGAGAACUUAUCUUCUGGCUUCUCUGAUGUAACUAUUGUUGCGUUUAUAAAAAGGGUUAAAUGUUUAUUUUGGAAGCUAUUUUUAAUUAAAUCACACUUUUUGAACGUUUUUA